AUGGACGAGCAAACGUGUUCCUUUGUCGAGUUCAAGGAUGGCGACGUCACGCCUUUGAGCAAAAGAAGCCUGCGACCCGCUUACAACAGCCGCUUGUCAUGCAGCAAACAGAGCAUCAGUGUCGGCACUAGCCAAAGUCACGCUCGUAGUCGCGUGCUGUCGCACAAUACUGAAAUGUACACGGCCAAGGACGCGAACGAGUCCAUUUUGCACGCCAAUGCUCCGCCGAAUUACACUGGUGGUUUCAAUGAAAUCAUGAAGCAGAUCAAAGCCAAGAAUUACUACACGGAGCAGUUCCAGCGCAUUCAGCAGCAGACGAACAUGAGUCACUUGUUAUAUUUCUCGAAUGUGGCGCCAUCUUUCUACGAGACCAAUUACUUGACAGUGGCUCAAGAUACGUCCGUGUAUCGAGUCCGUGCUUGUUUCCUCAUUAGUUUCGUCGGCCUCAUGAUUCUCUAUCUGAACGAGUGGCGAGAUGACAAAUGGUCUAAGCUGGAAACAAACGGACGGUCGGAUAAUGAUGAAAUAGCGAUCCUGGCCAUGACGUUUGGCGUCAUGUUGCCAUCGUUGCUGCUCGGAAUGUUUGCUACCUUCACGAGUAUUGGACGGAAGUACUUGGAAAACGUGACUGCUGCAGUGUUCAUUAUUGUUGCGGCUAUGAUGAUUGCGAAGAAACCAGUGGAGAAAGUUAAAGGCCCGGUGAUUCCGUUGCUGAUUCUACUGAUCCCGAUCUUCGGCAUCACUCGAAUGCGCUUCGUCAAGUCGUGCUGCAUUGGUUGGGGCAUCUUCUUCAGCUACUUGAUCGUCAUGAUGAGUGUGCGCAACACGCUGCCUGUUCCCAGCACGUUUGAUUCGUUCACGGAUAUCUCUUACCAGGCCAUUAACUACGGCAUCACGGCCAUUGGUGGUAUGGUGUCGCAAUACCGUCAAGAGCUACUACGUCGGCGUAAUUUCUGCUUGCAGUUGCCCUUCUCAGGCACGAUGGGAGCUGAUGCUUUGGCCGAGAUUAAGACGGACAAGUUCAGCAAGAAAACGCUCAUGCACCGCUGGUCGCUCAAGUUCCGCCACCCGGAAGUCGAAGAGUGUUUCUACCGCUACUGGUACCUCAUUGACCCGUUUCCAUACGAGAAUCCGAACUCGGGCUCGCUGCAUCAGGGUGUUUUCCGGACCAUUCGAUUUGCGGUGGGGACGUUGCUGCUGAACCAGCUCGUGCUUUUGUUGCAAGACAUCAAGUUCCUCAAGGUCAAGAAAGACAACUUCGUGGAUGAGAGUGACUUGACAUACGCCCUCGUGCUUCGCUUUGGGGUCACCGUGCCGCUGUACUUCUCCGCAGCGCUGUUCAUGUUUUUUUUGGGCAAAGCUUUCUACGCUCGAUGGAUAAAGGAGGCUAGUGAUGCCACAAACGCUGCACUGAUCCGAGACUCGAUUGUUGAAGUUGACGUCAAUAAGUAUCUUGAUGGUGAUCGUGGAAGCAUGAGUGGGGUCCUGGUCGGGUCUGCACGAUCGACGCAGGAUACAACACGGAUGAAAGUUGUGGUGGAAGCAGCACAGAUCAAGUAUGCCACCAAGGACAAGGUACUGGAUGUGCUCAUUAAUAAGGGUGGGUACGUGCGUUCGACGCAGCUUUUCUCGUCCCUCGUGAUCGCUUGUCACGUUUGUUGUAUGGGGAUCCUCCUCUUGGCUGUCUCAACAGGUCCGAAAGUGGACGCCUUUGACAAUACGCCUGGCACGACUCCGGGGCAACCAAAGCCCGUGUAUUACAUGGGGUUCCUGAAUGCAGUGCUGUUCGCUCAUCGUUCAGGCUUUCGCGUGCGCUUUAUCUACGCCACCUACACGACGUUCGCAGUCGCUUUGGGGAUCAUUAUUGCAGCCAGCAGCAUGUCACCGGCUCAUUAUCAGCAAUAUGCUGGCUACGUGGCUGUUAUUUUCCUCAUGGGGAUGAUGAUCUCGUACGAAGAAGAGAGUCUUCGCCGCACGUUUUUCGUGCUCAAGUCGAUUCGGACGCUCGAGUUUGAAGAGUGGUUCAGUGUCGUCUUGCGGAUUCAAGGCUGGGUGAAGGACCGAUUCCGGAAGAAACUAAGGGACGUGCGCUCGAAAGGGAGUCACGAUGUUGAAACUCGUCGGAAACCAGAGACGAAGGCGCUACUGAUCAACACGUCGACGCAAAUGGCUUACGCUUCGAAACUCGGCAUGUACUCGCAACUGUUCAACAUCAUCAUUGCCAUUGUGGACGUCAUCACCAGUAGUUUGUAA